AGGGGUCGCAUGCAAAAGAUUUGCGAGAGGGUUUAUUGUUUCUUUGCUUUCGGGAGCCGAAAUAGUUUGCUAUCUACUCAGUUCUUCAAUCAAAUAAGGAGACGGAAAAAUGGCUGGUGGCAAGGCAGGUAAAGACAGUGGCAAAGCCAAGGCGAAAGCAGUGUCACGCUCUCAGAGGGCUGGACUACAGUUCCCAGUGGGUCGUAUCCACAGGCACUUGAAGACUCGCACAACCAGCCAUGGUCGUGUAGGAGCCACAGCAGCUGUGUACAGUGCUGCUAUCCUUGAGUACCUCACCGCUGAAGUACUAGAGUUGGCGGGCAACGCCUCCAAAGACUUGAAGGUGAAGCGUAUCACUCCCCGUCAUUUGCAGCUGGCCAUCCGUGGUGAUGAGGAGUUGGACUCCCUUAUCAAGGCAACAAUCGCUGGAGGAGGUGUCAUUCCCCACAUCCACAAAUCCCUUAUUGGGAAGAAGGGCCAGCAGAAGACUGCAUAGAUGCCAUGUUGACCAGAAAUUUCGGGGCUUGGGCUUUGAUCGGACCAGGAGUUCACAUUUGUUCUUUUUUAUUAUUAAUAUUAUAGCAAACGAAGAGUGAUUGUUAGACUUUGUGUUGUUAUAUUUUCCCAUAACUAGAAAAAAAAUUACAGAAAACCCCUUAAUGACAAAAAAACCCUUUGUAUGUUAUUGUAGAACGUUUGACUGGGGAUUAUUUCAAAUGGUGACAGUGAAUUUGUUUGAUUGGCCUCAGACUCUGUUAUGUUUUAUACUGAAAAAAGAAAUUGUUAAAACCAUUUUUUAUAUAAAACUUGUUUUUGUGGUUAUUUCCUUGAAGUUACAAUAUUUACUAUAAUACAAGUUUUUAAGGAGAUAUUUUUUGGACAGCAUAUUAGGUAACAACAGCUAAAUGUGAGAUGGUGCUUUUUUCCUUUUGACUUACUGUAAUAUUUUGAACUGCACAAUGAUAGUGAUGUAUUAAAAGUUGAAUUUUUUACAUCAAAAUGAAAAAUCAUUGGAAACAACUUAUUGCAACCGUCUGUUACAGUGUUACAUGUUUGUUCAUAGCAGUUGCAAAAAUGUGUUAAACUUGAAAUUUCACAGUGUGAACCUCGGCUGCUGUGGUCAGAUGCCACUGAUCCUGCAGUGUUUGCCUCACUGUGGAAUUAAUGUCCUGCCAUCUGUUAAAUACAUAUCACUACUACAUAGUUGGUGUCCUGAUAUUUGGAGGAGAUAAUCCGGCAGAUCUGAACCAUAUCAGUGCUUUAAACAUGUACCUAUAGUACCCAAAUGUAUGCACAAACUGAAAUGUCAUGACCUAAAGUCCAUUGCAUUUUUCAAGGAAAGAGGCUAGAACCUUUUUUAAAAGCUAUGUGUUCAGGGAAGUGACUUUGCAUAUAUUAUCUUUGAAUAAAUACCCUUGUAUGUUA